CCCCCCUGUAGAUUGAUAAGAGUAUCUCUGCCAGGGAACCACCAUCAUGUCACGCAAUCAGCUCCACCGCCUCGCGAGGGUGGUUGCAAUAAGAAAAGGCUCGUGCCCGCCUUUGCUGCCUCAAGAUCGAUACGAUAAAUAGUGGGGUUGAUGAAGGUUGACCUUGCCAAGCCACAGUGAGGACGUAGGAGAGACGCAUCAUCAUCAUCAUCAUGGAAACUCGAAAUGCUCGGUGAAUAUCUCUCUGAUGAUGGUGAUCGAGACGGCGGGUAUUCUCCCAAAUGGGAACUUGACCGGUUCGGUUCCAACUCAGCCACCUGAAGGGAGGGGAUGGUGGGAUGCAUCGGGGGACGCGGGCUGGGUUGUUCCUGCAGAGGCGAACGACACGAUGAUGGGGGGUGGCCGUGUCGAUCUGGCGAAUUGGAGGGUUUUGUAGUAUUUUUUUUGUAAGACCCUGAAUCACAAGGAAAAGUUGGUCGAGGGGCGGGCACAAGGGGCUCUUGUCGCGGUUACCGUUGCCACGACCCGAGGGACCUUGUACAUACGUACGUACAAUGAGAUUUUUUUUUAUUCCCUCUUUGAUGCUCCAGCACGAAAACUCAAGACCCGGACGACUGGGACAUGGUGAUGGUGGGCCCGUUCUGGGUUGUCUCCGGCUAUUUUCUCCGUUGCAGUUCCCGAAGGAGGGAUUUCCAGAGAGGGAUAUCGACGGCGUGAACCUCAACGGCUGUCGAUGGUUUUGGAGUACGACACCGGAUCAGCUGCUGUGCUCUUCGACCUGUCCGGUCAGUGUAUCACCAGAGCAAAGAUGGGUAUCUAGUAAUUAGAGACUCUUUUAGUAGUCACCGGCGAGGCUUGUCAGUCACAAGCCUCUCCAACAUCGAAAACGACCGCAAGCUCCAACGUCGUCGGACUGGGCAGUGGGUUCAACUCCGUCAAACUGGGCUGGCUGGUGGGGAUUUCUCUUUAUCAAUCUUGCAUGAAACCUCCACUUCAGAGAUUAGAUCCGCGCAAGGCCGACGAAGGAAACCCACAGCGGGGGGAGAAGGCCGAGAGAGGGACCACGAGAGAGUCGAGGGUUGGUGGUGACUGGUGAGGCACUCGAGACGACAUGAGUGUGGUGGUUGCGCGUCCGACAUCGUCCCAAGAAAUAUCGUAUGGCGUGUCUGGCGGGGAGAUGCCCACGUACGUCCUUGCUAGUAUUGUGUUGGAACCCGGCAGGAGGUAUUGUUCCCUGUCCGUUGUCCACCUCCCGUUGUCCACCCCCCGUUGUCACCCGCCGUUGUCCGCGUCGCCGUCCCCGCUGUGGUCAAAGUAUUUGAACCUCCCGCAUCCUCUUUCUGUCGGUGUUGUGCCUUGUCUCUUGUGUUCCCUAUUAUUUUUAUUCUUUCUCGAAAUCCUAGUUCCUGGUGCUGUGUUGUUGUAUACAUACCCUUCUCCAACAUUCCCAACCCCAACAGAGGAAAAACAGAGAUAAGACGAGAGACAGUCUAAAGACCCUCCGUCUCCCGCCUCACGUCCCAUCUCCUCGUCCCUUUUUUUUACGACACGACUCCCCCCCCCCAACAAACAAACGCUCGCCGAACCCAAUUGCACCCUCCAGCACCCUCCAGCACCUUCCAGUUACCUCCCAGCACCUCCUCUCAGCACCAUGGCCUCCCGUCCCCAGAACAUUGGCAUCAAGGCCAUCGAAAUCUACUUCCCCAGCCAGUAUGUGGAGCAAACCGAGCUUGAAAAGUUCGAUGGCGUUAGCACGGGCAAGUAUACAAUUGGUCUCGGCCAGACUAAGAUGAGCUUCUGCGACGACCGUGAGGAUAUCUACUCGUUCAGCUUGACUGUCGUGUCCAACCUCCUCAAGAAGUACAACAUCGACACCAACUCGAUCGGCCGUCUCGAGGUCGGUACCGAGACCAUCCUCGACAAGUCCAAGUCGGUCAAGUCGGUGUUGAUGCAGCUGUUUGGCGACAACACCAACAUUGAGGGUGUCGACACAGUAAACGCCUGCUACGGCGGCACCAACGCCGUUUUCAACUCUGUCAACUGGAUCGAGUCUUCUGCCUGGGAUGGCCGCGAUGCCAUUGUUGUUGCCGGUGAUAUUGCCCUCUACGCCAAGGGCAAUGCCCGCCCGACUGGUGGUGCCGGUGCCGUUGCGCUCUUGAUUGGUCCUGAUGCGCCCAUCGUUUUCGAGCCCGGCAUGCGUGGCAGCUACAUGCAGCACGCCUAUGACUUCUACAAGCCCGACCUCACCUCCGAGUACCCCUAUGUUGAUGGCCACUACUCCAUCAACUGCUACUCCGAGGCCCUCGACGGUGCUUACCGCGCCUACUGCAAGCGCGAGGCCCAGCUCACCAAGGGCGUCAACGGCCAUGCCAACGGCAACGCCAACGGCGUAACAGACGACAUCCUCAAGACUCCCCUUGACCGCUUCGACUACAUGGCUUUCCACGCCCCUACCUGCAAGCUCGUGCAAAAGUCGUAUGCCCGCCUCCUCUACCACGACUACCUUGCCGACCCUGAGCACAAGGCUUUCGCCGAGGUUCCCGCCGACAUCCGCGACAUGGACUACAAGAAGUCUCUGACCGACAAGGUUGUCGAGAAGACCUUCAUGACCCUCACCAAGAAGCGCUUCCAGGAGCGCGUCAACCCCGCCAUCCAGGUUGCUACUCUUUGCGGUAACAUGUACUGCGCCAGCGUCUGGGGCGGUCUUGCCAGCUUGAUCGGCCACGUCGACAGCGCCAACCUCCAGGGCAAGCGCAUCGCCCUCUUCUCCUACGGCUCCGGUCUUGCCGCCUCCUUCUUCUCUUUCCGCAUCAACGGCAGCACCGAGACCAUUUCCAAGACUCUUGACAUUCCCCAGAGACUUGUCGCUCGCCGCGCCGUCCCCCCAGAGACCUACGACUCGAUGUGCGACCUCCGCAAGAAGGCCCAUCUCCAGAAGGACUACGUCCCCACCGGCGAGGUGUCCACCAUUGCCCCCGGCACCUACUACCUCGAGAAGGUCGACGACAUGUUCAAGAGGUUCUACGCCGUCAAGGAGUAAACCAAGGAGUAAAACGAAACAAAAAGCAUGGAUGAUGAAUAUAUACCAAGAGAGGAGGACGUAAUAUUUUGUGUUCAAAGACAAAAGACAGGAGGCGGCAUUACAUACCCAUAGACGACGACUGGAGGACCGGCCGGAUGCCGGUAGUCGGAUAUUAUAUUGGGAAUGGUACUGGGAUACGGG